AUGAUGUCACCGGAAACAAGAUUGCAGAGGAAAUCUUCAGAUAUGGAUGCAGUGAGUUGUUCUUGGGUUUCUGAGCAACCUCCAGCUUGCCAAGAAGAAAGAGUAAACACACCCAUUCCACAGCAGAAGAAACUGAGAAGCCUUCUAGUUACAACUGAAAAUAAUUCUCCACUGGAAGAUGUCUCAAAAUAUGUGGACAUUAAUAUUACUACACUUUAUCAAGAUGAGAAAACAAAGACAUUGGGUACGUGUCCUGCUGGGAAGCAGUUUGCUGAAAGUUCUUCUCUUAUUUCCCACCAGAGGAUUCACACUGGUGAGAAGCCCUAUGACUGUAGCCACGGUGGAAAAGAAUUCAAUCAUGAAACAAACCUUAAAAAGCACAAAUGAAUCCAUACAGGGGAGAAACCCUAUUCCUGUUCUCAGUGUGGUAGAAACUUUGAUCAGAAUUUUCAUCAGAGUCGCCAUGAAGGAAUUCAUGCAGGAGAGAAAAUAUUUUAGUGUCCAGAAUGGGGGAAAACCUUCCCCCAAAAUGAAGAAUUUGUAAUUCAUCUGCAGAGUCACGAGGCUGAGAGAUCAUACACAUUGCAACAACAACAAGGAAGUGGGAGAAGGGAGAUUGGUCAGUUGUCACUCAGCUUCUCAGCCCCAGGAGCAGAGCUGGGAUCAGGAAAGGGCCCGCCUCUGCCUGAAAAGUUUUACAAAGAAUUAAGAAUCCAAACAUUUUAA